GCUGUUUGGAUGGAAGCGAAGAGAGCCUUACCCCACAAGCUACCCUUGAACAAUCAAACGGUGCUCUUAACACACAAUUGACGUUCCAACUAAAUGCAAAGGACACAUUUCUUCUCUGCAGGGGUGCAGACUGAGAAUUUGCUGUGAAUUGUAUCGUCUCGAUGUUUUAGGGGAAAGCCAGUGCGCCUUAAAGAAGUCUGAUGUUAUCUUUUGACCGACUAGUGUUUACAUAGAGGCUGCCAACGCCACGUUUUAGAAAGCUUGCAAACUUACGCUUUGUUUCGCCAGCAGCUCGUACCACAUACAAAUCUAAGAGAAGAAGAAAACUACAGACUGGACUUUCAUUUGGACAUACAAGACUAAAGUUAGAAGUUGACAGAGUGCCUCGGAGUGGGAAAAAACAAACAGCAAGUCUGAAGGAGAAGCAUGCACGAGGGACACAUGCUCAUUGAGCCUUUGUUGCAGUAACAGUUUGAUUUAUGAUGUCUUUAAAUAUGAGGUAUCGAUUGUAAACGUAUGUAUACGAAUUAAAUUAGAAUAUUUAUUCUUAAUUUAAAUCGGUACAUUGUUGUUGAUUGUUUAAUGCUACUGAUUUAGGCAGUAGGCCUAUAGGCAAGUAUAGUGUUGUCAGCUUGACCCACUGCUAAACCGACAUGGAGGGUCAAGAUGACAAAGACAAUCUGUCCAAGACCGAUAAAAGAUUUGCUCUCUUGUACAUCGGCUGGUCGUCCCUGGACCGGCGGACUACCCUGCCAAUGCUGCCAUGGCUGGUGGCCGAAAUCCGAAGGAAAAGUGAGAAGAAUGAGUCUGGCCCCGGGCAGGCCAGGGAAGUUCAGUUAGUCCUGAUACCUCCGUUCAUUCGCUGUGUUCCGGCAAACAACGCCAAUUCAUCCGUAUUCAUUUUCGAGCAUAAAGCUCAAUACAUCUCCAGGUUCAUUCACAAUAGUAAUGACCUCACCUACUUCGCCUAUUUGAUCCGAAGCCAGCCCGACAACCCGGAGUCCGAGAUGGCCUGCCAUGUCUUUAAGGCGUACGACCCAAACCAGGUGCCGGAGGUGAUCAGCAGCGUCCGCCAGGUGUCCAAGUCGUCCCUGAAGGAUGGGGCCAAGCCCAGGCAUGAGGCCGACGAGGCCUUCUACAACUCCCAGAAGUACGAGGUGCUCUACUGCGGAAAGGUGACGGUGGCCCACAAGAAGGCCCCUGCCACCCUCAUCGAUGACUGCAUCGACAAGUUCCACCAGCACGAGGUGGAGCGCAAACGUCUGCUAGACGGCCAGCGGGGGUCCACGGAGAGAGAGAGCGCCCCCUUGGAGUUCACCAUAGGCGGCGAGGGGGACCUGCUGUCCUUGGCCCUGUCCGAGGGGCCGGAGGACCUGGACGACCUGGCAGGGGAGGAGCUGACCAACGGAGGUGGCGUGGGAGCUAAGGUCCCGUCCAACAGCCCCAGCCUGGGCAGUCUGAGAGGGACCGUCCCAGAAUGCAUCCUGGAGGACUCUGGGUUCGGGGAGCAGCAGGAGUUCAGAACGCGCUGCAGCAGUCUGGCGGGGAGCCUCCAAAGAAGGCCACGGGAAGGCGCCUUAAAGGCCCCGCCCACGCGGCGCAGACACGCCUCGGCACCCAAUCACGUCCAGCCGUCUGAUGCCGACAAGAACCGCACCAUGCUAUUCCAGGUGGGUCGUUUCGAGGUCAACCUCAUUAGUCCCGACACGAAGACGGUGGUGCUGGAGAAGAACUUCAAAGACAUCUCGUCCUGCUCCCAGGGCAUCAGGCACACGGACCACUUUGGGUUCAUCUGCCGAAACACGGCGGAGCCGGGGCCCAGUCAGUACUGCAGCUACGUCUUCCAGUGUGCCAGCGAAUCCCUGGUGGAUGAGGUGAUGCUGACCCUGAAGCAGGCCUUCUCCACUGCUGCCACCCUGCAGAGCAGCAAGACCCAGGUCCAGCUGUGCGAGGCCUGCCCCAUGCACGACCUGCAUAAGCUCUGCGAGCGCAUCGAAGGCCUUUACCCUCCCAGGGCUAAGCUAGCCAUCCAGAAAUAUCUCUCCCAGCUGACUGACAACGAGCAAGUAGACGCAUUUGAAAGAGUUCAGAGGAUGAAGCCAGCGUCUGACCAGGAAGAGAACGAGCUGGUGAUCCUGCACCUAAGACAGCUGUGUGGAGCCAAACAGAAAUCCCACCUCCACAUCGGAGAGGCCCCGCAGAGCACUCCCAACAGCGCAGCAGUGGACAGCUCGGCUCCGGGAGGGCGCUUCAAACUGGACGUUCUGAAGAACAAGGCCCGCAGCUCCCUCACCAGCUCCCUGGAGAACAUCUUCUCACGAGGUGCCAACCGGAUGCGAGGGCGUUUGGGCAGCAUGGGCAGCUUUGAGAGACAGGACGAAUCUCCCAGUGAUUCCCCACCUGGCUCACCGACUGGUUUCCCUGACGAUGACCCAGAUGCCCCCCAGUUCCGUCGGCGGGCCCACACUUUCAGUCACCCACCGGUGAAGAAACGCAUUUCAUUCACAGAGGGCCAGUCCCAAGGCCAGGCGGGCAAGGCUCCACUCCGCAGACAGCAGUCGGUCAACCCCGAGCUACUGCAGAACAGCCCUCGGCCGGUCUUGGCGAGAACGCGCAGCAUCUCAGAGUCCUCCUCCGAGUACUCCUUCAGCCUCCCCUCCUCCUUCUCCGCCCCCACUUUCCUGAAAAGCUUUUACCAGGGGUCCCUGGCCUCCCUGCCAGACAGUGGGACCCUCAAGAGUAAUGGGGAGGGCAGGAAGAGGACCCUGUCAGGCUGCAGCAGUGACAGUGUGAACGCUGCCACCCCCCUGACCCCCCGCAGGGUCUCCUGGAGACAGAAGAUAUUCCUCCGGGUGGCUUCCCCCAUGAACAAGGGCUCUGCAUCUAUGCAGCACCCAGACCAUUGUGAGCUGCUGCCCCUCUCUCCCCUGGCCUUCAACCCUGCCCAGGACCCCUUGGCGGGGCUGGCGUUGGAGCGGCCCAAGCGGACCGGGUCGGACUACCGGGCCCUGUGGAAGAAGGCCAUCCACCAGCAGAUCCUGCUGCUCCGCAUGGAGACAGAGAACCAGCGUUUGGAGGAAGCGAGCAAAGAUGAGCUGCACAUCCGUCAGAUGAAGUUGGACUACAAGGAGGUGGGCGAGUGUUCGACAGACGUGCAAGCCUUCUGGGACAGGAAGUUGAGCACCCCCGGCAGGAACAAGGUUCCCCUGGAUAAGAAGGAGGUGCACAAUGCCGUCGGCCAAGGCGUGUCCAAGGCACGGCGCGGGGAGGUGUGGCUGCUGUUUUCCCAUCAGCACCGACUCACACACAGACUGCCCCCCCGCCAGCACCCCCCAGACACGCCCUACCAGACUCUGCUCAAGCAGCUCACCGCCCAACAGCACGCCAUCCUGGUAGAUCUGGGCCGGACCUUUCCCAACCACCAGUACUUCUCCACCCAGUUGGGGGCAGGCCAGCUGUCCCUUUACAACCUGCUGAAAGCCUACUCUCUCCUGGACACUGAGGUGGGCUACUGCCAGGGGAUCAGCUUUGUGGCGGGGGUGUUGCUGCUGCACAUGAGCGAGGACCAGGCGUUUGACAUGCUCAAGUUCCUCAUGUACGACCUGGGGUUCAGGCGCCAGUACAAGCCAGACAUGGUGUCACUGCAGAUCCAGAUGUACCAGCUGUCCAGACUGCUGCACGACUACCACAGGGAGCUCUAUUGCCACCUGGAGGACCAUGAGAUCAGCCCCAGUCUCUACGCCGCCCCCUGGUUCCUCACACUCUUCGCCUCCCAGUUCCCCCUCGGCUUUGUCGCACGCAUCUUCGACAUACUGUUUGUCCAAGGCACAGAGGUCAUCUUUAAAGUAGCCCUGUGUCUGCUCAGUAGCCACGAGGGAGAAAUUGUGGAGUGUGACAACUUCGAAACCAUUGUGGACUACCUGAAAACUACAAUCCCCACUCUAACCCAUAGCCAAAUGGAGCAGACCAUCGCUAAGGUACUGGAGAUGGACAUCUCUAAGCAGCUGCACGCGUACGAGGUGGAGUACCACGUCCUGCAGGACGAGAUGGUGGACCCCGCGACCCCCCACGGAGACGACUCGGAGCGCUUGGACAGGCUGGAGAAGACCAACACACAGCUGAAGAAGCAGAACAUGGAACUUCUGGAGAAACUCCAGGCCGCCAGACAGAAGAUCCAAAGCCUGGAGACCAACGUGGAGGGCUUCCUCUCCCGGGAGAGCAAGAUGAAGCAUGUGAUCCGCUCCAUGGAGCAGGAGAAGGCGUCCUACCAGAAAACCAUCGACAGGAUGAAGUCCUGCCUGCCGCCGGACGCCCUGGGAGACGUCGAAAUGACUUCCAUCAGGCCAGGGGCAAACGGCAAGGCCAAGCCCGCCGCCGCCAGGCCCUGACGGGGGGAGGAGAGGGCGGACGGGGCCUCGGUGAAGGCACAGAGGCGGGACGGUGAGGGAAGAUGGUUAGGGGACUGAGAGGAGGUCAGGGGGGUUCGCAGACUGAAACCGACACGUCAUCGUGGACACGCGGGAUGUCUCCAUGGCGCUCUGCAGGCUUCUGUUGCUACGUGGUCUGGGAGUUGGCAGAAUGGACACCACUCGUCGCCUGUGGGCUAAACUAGGCACCACGAUUCAGGAGAGGAAGAAAGAGAGGACUGUGAGCGUAUAUGUAAGCCUGGGUUCCUUCACCGGGGGGGGGGGUCUCUCUUCUAUUCUAUUUUCUCUAUUUGUCAAUAUACUUGAACGUGACAUGAAUCGUUUUCCCUCCAUAGAGCCUCAUAAUAUCAGCCCUGGUUGUCCGCGAUAAGGCAGCAUGAAAGUAGACGUGUGUGCACAGCUUCCCAUUUCAUGUUAGCCGCGAGACGCGUCUCUGUACCUCCACGCAGAUGCACGUGUGCCUCUUAACAUGCUGGAAAGGGAGCUGUUGAAUUACAGGUGUGCGAGAGAGGCAGAUGUGGAGCCCUGGCUCGCGCCUUUUUCGGGGAGGAAUACGUUUCACUCCGAGCCGAGGCAGGAUGUGACGUCGUCUGCUUCCUGUGUGACCGACCGCGGUGUUGGCCCACAGUCAGACUGUGGAGGAGGUGGAAGCUGGUGAUGUCAUCAUGUUGAGACCCCCUCCAGGAGGAGGAAGAAGGGAGAGAAGUGAUCUGUUUUUGUAUUUCUGUGUGCAUGUGCCAGGGGUAUGUAUGUGUGUGUGUGUGUGUUGGAGAGAGACAGUGGAGGGGAGAUAGAGAGAGAAACCACACAGGAAACAUGGAAAACAUAAAAAAGUUGGAGAGCAAACGGACUUGGCUGUCUGUUCAGAUCCACUAGGCGCAUUACUCUCACGCACACACACGCGCGCACGCACGCACACACACACACUGAACCUGCUGACCUAUCUAGUCAGACGUUUUCAUUGUGUUCCAGGAGGCUUUUUCAGUAGUCCUGUUGUUUCAUAGCACCUCCAUGUCUGAGUCAUCAUCUCCGAAAGCUACGAGCCUCUCUCCCGACUGAAGAGAGUAGAAACGCUGAGGCCCAUUUCAGUAUGAGGUCAGCUCCAAUCGGUGAUGUUCCAAAACAAACAUAGAAAUCUGAAACUCGAAUGGAGUUAGCAAAGUUGUACAUACAUCCGGUUUUAACAUGUGACUAGUGGGUGCUGUGUUUCCUUCACUGAGGACUUGGGGGGGGGGGGGGGGGGGGG